AUGCGCUUUGGUGAGCUGAUAGAAAGAUGUUUGGAGUUGGAAGGAAUUGACAAUAGGAAGAAUCAAUAUGGAUCAGGAGUACCAACCCGAAACAACAAUCACAAGGGCCAUUUUAACCGAGGCCAUGGAGGAAGGACCCAACAAGGGGGUAGGCCAUAUCAAAGGCCUACACCAUAUCAUAACCAGGAUUCUAGGAGGUUAAUGUUCAAGUGUUACAGUUGUGGAGGGGCACAUCUUAACAAAGAUUGUCCAAAUAGAAAUAUUGGAGCUUGUUUUUGUUGUGGUCAGAAGGGCCAUUUUCUCAAAGAUUGUCCCCAAGGACAAAACCAACCAACAAGCCAGAAGAGCAUCCUAAUAAACAAUAACAAUGUAGGGAGAGCAAGGAACGAAGGCCCAAAUGUUGGUCAAGGACCUCAGAAUCAGAACAAGCCAACCAUAGGAAGAGUAUUUGCAAUUAGAGGAGCUGAGAUCUCAAAGUCAGAUGGGUUAAUCCAAGGUAUGUGUCUAAUUGGAGAUAAGUUGGUAUCAGUAUUAUACGAUUCAGGAGCUACACAUUCAUUUAUAUCUACAUCUUGUGCGGAAACUCUGGGAUUUGAAAUUGUUGAUCUCAACUAUAAGUUGACCAUUUCAACUCCCUCGGGAGAAAGAAUGGUAACUUGUUCAGUAUGUGCAGACCGCCCUGUAAUUUUAGAAAAUAGAAGAUUCUUAGUAGAUCUUGUAGUGCUCCCGUUAAAAGACCUAGAUGUCAUCUUAGGAAUGGAUUGGUUAUCAGCCAACGAUGUAAACUUGGGGUGCAAGAAGAAAAUUUUAACGUUUGGAGAAGAUAGUGGAGAAGUCAUAAAGGUGGAAACUCUCACCCAAAAAUUUAUGAUGUUAUUCUCUAUGUCAGAAGGAGAAACCCCUAGUGUUGAAAAUCUUCCAGUGGUCUGUGAAUUCCCAAAAGUUUUUCCAGAAGAGGUUCCAGGUUUACCACCGGUUAGAAUAGUGGAGUUUUCUAUAGACUUGGUUCCAGGCACUGGACCAAUUUCUAUAUCUCCUUAUCAAAUGUCACCCUCAGAGAUGGCUGAGUUAAAGAAAUAG